AACCUUGCCAGGUAACAAAAACCCUGUGGGAUAAGUUGUUCUGCCUUAGACCCAUUACUUGAGAAUAAGUUUACCCCAUGUAAGUCCAUAGAUAAAAUUUUACUCUCCUGGAUUGCAGGUUUUCUUUGCCCUCACUAUGACAGCUGUGGCACUGUCUCAACAGGGUUCCUUAGCCCCUGAUGCAAGCAAAGGAAAGAGCUCUGCUGCUUCAAUAUUUGCAAUUCUUGACCGGAAAUCAAAAAUAGAUGCUAGUGAUAACUCCGGAACAACUAUAGAAAAUUUGAAGGGAGAAAUUGAAUUUUACCAUGUUAGUUUCAAGUAUCCAAAUAGACCUAAUGUACCAAUCUUCCAGGAUCUGUGCUUGACCAUUCACUAUGGGCAGACAGUUGCUCUGGUUGGAGAAAGCGGAAGUGGGAAAUCAACAGUGAUCUCAUUGCUGCAGAGAUUUUAUGAUCCUGAUUCAGGUCACAUUACAUUAGAUGGUACUGAAAUGCAAACAUUACAGCUGAAGUGGUUGAGGCAGCAAAUGGGGCUGGUGAGCCAGGAGCCUCUGCUUUUUAAUGACACUAUCAGAGCCAACAUUGCAUAUGGAAAGGAAGGGAGUGCAACCGAGGCUGAAAUUAUAGCCGCAGCAGAAUUGGCAAAUGCUCACAAGUUCAUUAGUAGUUUACAACAGGGCUAUGAUACAAUAGUAGGUGAGCGAGGGGUCCAACUUUCUGGCGGACAGAAGCAAAGGGUAGCUAUUGCAAGAGCUAUAAUGAAGGCACCAAAGAUAUUACUACUAGAUGAAGCCACCAGUGCUCUUGAUGCUGAAUCCGAAAGAGUGGUUCAAGAUGCACUGGAUAGAGUUAUGGUGGAUCGAACUACAGUGGUGGUUGCCCAUCGGCUAUCCACAAUUAAGGGUGCAGAUUUAAUAGCAGUGGUGAAAAAUGGAGUCAUUGCAGAGAAAGGAAAGCAUGAAACUCUGAUCGGUAUCAAGGAUGGAACUUAUGCUUCUUUGGUAGCACUACAUGCAAGUGCCUCAUCUUAGAGAGCUUUCUGUUCUGUCUGUAAAUCAAAUUCAAUAAUGUGUUGUAUGAACUUAAGUCAUCUUUUUGGUCAU